AGUGAGUACAUCAGAGGGACAGAUCAGUUUGAUCAGUCUGGACAGAGAAGCAAGGCCGAGAUGGUUUGGGCAUGUGCAGAGAAGAGACACUGGAUUUAUUGGUCAAAGAAUGUUGAAGAUGGCGCUCCCAGGCAGGAAGAGAAGACAUGUAGAGGAGGUUGCUAGAGCAUCAUGCCGUUCGUGGACCUGCAGUCGCGGCUCGGUAUCAACUUGGACCGCUGGCUGCUGCUGCAGAGCGGAGAGCAGCCCAACAAGCGGGCGGCACGCUGCCAUGCCUUCGAGAAGGAGUGGAUCGAAUGUUCUCAUGGCAUCGGGCAGACCCGCGCCAAGAAGGAGUGCCAGCUGGAGUUUGAGGACUUCUACGAGUGCAUGCACAGGCAGAAGACGCACGAAAGGCUGUAUGCCAUCCGUCAGCAGCGUGACAAGCUGAUUAAGGAGGGGAAAUACACACCGCCGAGCCACCACACAGGCAAGGCUGAACAGACUCCAUGAAGGAACAUCCAGCUGUCCGCAGUUCUGUUCUUGUGUAUAGCCAAUCAGAUAUCGCUUAUUUCCUGUUCACCUGUACAAGUUUGCAAAUAAAUGUUAUCACCUACA